AUGGAGGCGCCGCUGCUCGACCGGAACAACUAUGGUGAGCUCCAGUUGAUCGGAGACGACGGAGACUACAGGCCGGUCAAAGGGCUCAAGGCAUGGUGGAAGAUUUUCUGUAUCGAGUCACUCAAACUGUGGAGAAUUGGAGGUCCCAUAGCCUUCCAAAUUCUUUGCCAAUUUGGAAUCAAUUCUGUUACCACCAUGUUUGUUGGCCAUCUUGGAGAUAUUGAGCUCUCUGCAUUUUCUAUUGCUCUCUCAGUCAUUUCAACCUUCUCUUUCGGAUUCAUGCUUGGCAUGGGGAGCGCCCUUGAGACACUAUGUGGGCAGGCAUUUGGUGCAGGACAAGUUCAUAGGCUUGGUGUUUACAUGCAACGCUCAAUGAUAAUUCUUUUUGCCACUUGCUGUAUCCUUUUGCCGCUCUACAUAUUUGCAACCCCAAUCCUCAAGAUCCUCGGACAAAGUGAUGAAAUUGCGAAUCUGGCUGGAGUAUACACACUGAUGAUCGUCCCUCAGCUGUUCUCGCUUGCUGUCACAUUCCCGACUCAGAAGUUUCUUCAAGCUCAGAGCAAAGUUUCUGUGCUCGCAUGGAUCGCAUUCCUUGCACUAGUCCUGCAAGUUUUCAUCUGUUGGCUUUUUGUUUAUGUAUUUGAAUGGGGUGCAUCUGGUGCAGCCGCAGCAUUUGAUCUUACGAGUUGGGGCAUCGUGAUUGCACAGUUUGUGUAUGUCGUUGGUUGGUGUAAGGAUGGUUGGAAGGGAUUUUCAGGGUCCGCCUUUAAGGAGAUAUGGGCAUUUGUUAGACUCUCUCUUGCCUCUGCUGUUAUGCUUUGCCUUGAGAUCUGGUAUAUGAUGAGCAUCAUUAUCCUCACCGGACAUCUUGACAACGCGGUAACUGCAGUUGGUGCCCUUUCCAUUUGCAUGAACGUCAAUGGUUGGGAAGCCAUGAUUUUCAUUGGAAUCAAUGCUGCUAUAAGUGUACGAGUCUCGAAUGAGCUUGGCUUAGGACAUCCACGAGCAGCCAAAUAUUCCGUCUACAUCACAGUUUUUCAGUCACUCUUGAUUGGGAUUCUUUGCAUGAUUAUUAUACUAGCUGCAAGAAAUCACUUUAGCAUUAUCUUUACCAGCAGCAAAGAUAUGCAACGGGCUGUUUCCCACCUUUCGGGCCUUCUUGGAAUAACGAUGGUUCUGAAUAGUGUUCAGCCAGUGAUAUCGGGUGUUGCUGUUGGAGGUGGGUGGCAAGCCCCAGUUGCUUAUAUAAACUUGGCCUGUUAUUACCUUUUUGGUCUGCCUCUCGGAUACGUUCUUGGUUAUGUUGCUAAUCUGGGUGUGAAGGGACUUUGGGGUGGCAUGAUAGCCGGAACAGCUUUGCAGACAUUGCUACUCUUGAUAGUUCUUUACAAAACUAACUGGAACAAGGAGGUGGAGCAGACGACGGAGCGCAUGCGAAAAUGGGGUGGGCAGGAUAUUGAAACUGAGAAAUUAGUUACUGACCAGCUUUCACUCCAAAAUGGAAGACAGUAA